UUCACCUUUGUUCCCUAUCCCCAACUGUCAACAUGCAUGAGCUGUCGCUGUUGGUUCAGAAAAAAUAAUCAAAAACGGGGAAAAUUUUGUUAUCAGUGGGAGUGUUUUGUGACAUUUUUCGUGUAAAAUCUACCUUUAUCAGCCCCUCAGAAUGGCCGCAACGCUCAAACCGUAUUUGACGGCAGUCCGUCACACCCUGACCGCAGCGAUGUGUCUGACCAACUUUUCCUCCCAGGUCGUCGAACGGCACAACAAACCCGAGGUGGAAGUGCGGUCCAGCAAGGAACUGCUCCUGACUCCGGUGGUCAUCUCCCGAAACGAAAAGGAGCGGGUCCUGAUCGAAACCAGCGUAAACUCCGUUCGGAUCAGCAUUGCCGUCAAACAGGCCGACGAAAUCGAGAAGAUCCUCUGCCACAAGUUUACCCGGUUCAUGAUGAUGCGGGCGGAGAACUUUAUUAUUCUGCGGCGGAAACCGAUCGAGGGCUACGACAUUAGCUUCCUGAUCACGAACUUCCACACCGAACAGAUGUACAAGCACAAGCUGGUGGACUUUGUGAUCCACUUCAUGGAGGAAAUCGACAAGGAGAUCAGCGAAAUGAAACUGGCGGUCAAUGCGAGGGCUCGGAUCUGCUCCGAGGAGUUCUUGAAGCGGUUCUAAGGGGGGACAAUAUGCAUUUACUAAACGAUCGAAUCAUGGCAAUUGUGCAUUUCGUUUUUUCGGAUUUACGUUUUUUUUUGUUAAGAAAGUUUCUUUUUUAGGAUAUUUCCAAGGCGGUUUGCCGAUCUCGCAAUACCCUACCACAAAGAAAGCUAAAACGCGUAAACUACGUUGAAAUCUACGCUACACAAACUGAUGAUGUAUCUAUAUCUAAAAUCCUUUUCACACGCAAGUCUACAUUCAAGUAUUACACGUAUAAUGUUGGUUUAGAAGGAAGGUUCAAUCCGUUCGAAUACGAGCCAAAUUUAGGAACAAAGAUAAGAGUUUAAUCCAA